CGUCAAACGAAAGCGCGGGUAAGUUUAAACGUUUUUGCUAUGGCGUUUAAUACAGUCAGAUACUUCCGUCUUCCAAUUUACUUAAGAUGUAGAUUAUACAGUACGGAAAGUGCAUCAACAGUAACCCACACUGGCCAGACAUUCUCGUUAAAUGACCCAUCAGUUGCAAGAUUUACUAUCGGUGAUAAGUUGGUCAAUAAGCAAUUCGCAGAAAAGCUGAUAGCAGAGGUCCCCCCGAUCGCUUGCAAAGAAAAUAUAAUCAGUUGCGACGGUGGUGGUGGCGCACUUGGGCAUCCUAAAAUAUACAUCAACUUGGACCAACCAGGUAAUCAUACUUGCGGGUACUGUGGUUUGCGAUUUUACCUAGACAAAAAAAGCCACUGAAACCUACGGCAACCACGAUUUGGAACGGAAAAAUAUCCUACUUUGUGCGUUAUGAUAUCAUGUUUUGAUGAAUAUCUUUGUGUUUUUAGAAGUUUGUGAAGUGUUACUGAAAAUAGCUUACAAUCACAUACAGUAUAUUCUUCCUUACUAUGGUUUUUGGCCGAGGAGUCUGAAGUACUGUUUAGUUUUACAAGGUGGUGUGUCUGAAAGACAUCGCCAACCGCUGUAAAGGUAAUGGACGUAACACAUGUAAUCUAUGUGAUGUCUUUAACUCAUACAUUGAUCAUAGUAUGGUAGGUGAACGGUACACGCCCAAUACUCUAAAAUAUAGCCGUCG